CAUUGCCAUUACCAGGGGUGGAUUGACAGCUUAUGGGGCCCCCGGGCAAUAGGGGAUCAUGGGGCCCCUGUAUCCUUGCCCAAACUCAAAAAAGCCUAUGAAAAAGGUGUACCAGGGGUAUCUCAUGGGGCCCCCUACUGACCCCGGGCCCUUGGCAGUGCCUAAGUUUCCAAAUGGUCAGUCCACCCCUGGCAAUUACAUACAUUCAGUGUUGGAUGUGCCGGAACUGCAUUCCCCCAAGUGCCUGCUGAAAAAAAGCCCUGCUUUUAAAGCUGAAGUCUAUCCACUAUCUUUGUUGCAAAAUCAGCACUUA